UGGCGACUGUUGAUGACAUCACUUCCGCCUCGGCAUAGCAAAAACAACAACAGAAGUCAGCUGUUUGUAAGCUACUCGCGAUAAAUACAAAUAUAUGUAUAUAAUUGAAUAUCUCUUCAAUUGUGACGUGGGACACGUAGCUACGUAUUGCCUCCACUUAGGUUAUAAUACAAUUUGUCAAAUUGUUUUGGAGUGAAAACUCAUUUUGUUUCGUCCUGACGUUAGCGACUUAGCAUGUUAGCUUCUGAAAGUACCGCAGCCUGUUCCAUUGAAAGCGUACUGGGGUUACUUUUUGGUUGGCCAACAAUUUACGUGGUGUUGCGCACCUGACGUCAAGUGUGUUGAGUCUGUUCUGAAGUCUACAGUAAAGAGACGUACUUCAUCACCUCGCUUGGUUAUUGCCUCCAACCCAAUAUAUUACAUAAAGCUUUUAGGUGAGGAGAGAGAUUUAUGGCAAAGCCGGACCACAAGACCUCCAGGUGGCGAUACUGACCGUCACAUAUCGACAUGUCUCCGCGCAAAAGAGCCCUGGUUCCUGUCAGCAAACGUCGGAAAGCCGUGGACGACCACUUUCCCUUCAACUUGCUGCCCGUGGAGUGCCAGCUGCACGUAUUGUCCUUCUUGAACGAGGUAGAUAAAUGUAGCUGUGCUCUGGUUUGCCUGAGCUGGAGCUGCCUCAUUCGUUCUUGGAAGCUCUGGCGGAUCGCGGACUAUUCCCGUCGUGGAGUUUUUCACCUGGGUCAAGAGGGACUGCUUGUGUCUAAUCGCGUGUUUGAGAGGUGGAAGUCGUGGGUUCACCACUACACCCACCAUCUAAUAUCACGCCGGGCCAGCCUGCUCACGCUGAAAGCCAGCUUUGAUUUGGGGGAUUGCUGCAAUAAGUGGGGGGAUCUCCUCAGCCACCUGCUAGACCGUGUCCACUGCAGAGAUCUCAGUCAUCUGGACCUUAAUUGGACAUUUACUCUUCUUGAACCGCUGGAUCUCAGGGUGCACUCCAGCUCCAGCUCCCAUCAGGACAGCAUCACUAAGAUGGACCAGGUGACGAAUUUCCAAGAGCUGUUAACCAAACUCACACAGAACUGUCCUCGUAUCAGCAAGAUGCGGCUUCACUUCGAUUGGUCAGACUUGUCCGUGUCGCUGCUUACGCAGUUCCAGCAGCUCAAAGUCCUGGAGCUCAAGUACUUCUGGGUUUUUAAAGGCGUGACUCCGUCCACGCUGCAAACCCUAACAACAUCCCUUCCUAACCUCAAGUCUCUGACCCUGCACAUCUUGGUGCCGCUGAGGAACCUUGGCAUCUCCUACACCUUAGAGUCGCUCUCUUUGGAGUUCCUGGAUGUGUCACCUAGCAGAGGACUGGUCUUCUCUUGUCUGAAGCUGCCCGCUCUGCGUGAGCUUAGAGCCAAGAAGACCGUCCGUGGGAUCACGCUGGACAGGCGCACCCGGCUGAGGAUCCAGAGCCGAUGGCCCUGCAUUUAUCAAGUCCUACGGGAGGGUACGCCAAGGCUCCAAGCCCUCAACAAUGAACGACUCCUACCCACAUGGAGAGAGAAGAUCUACGGGGAACUGUCAAGCAUCCUGGAACAGUCCUGUUACUGCGUCCAGCAUCUAGACAGCUGGCUGUGGUAGCCCUUUAACUGAAGAUAGUAGUUUUACAUUUAACUGUUUAUAAAACUGUUAUUUUAUUGAACUGUUAGUUUAGCAAGCUGUUAUAGGACCAGUGAAAACCUGAUGCAAAAUCUCCAAACAAGUGUAAAAACAUCAGACACUCAAUAAACGUCACUGAUUUUUAAUGAAUAUACAGAAAGUUAUUUGCUUCAAAAAGGUUUGAAAUGUACACAUUUUAGACCUCUUGGGGCACCAGGACUUUGAGGGGUAAGUGUGUUUUGGGGUACUGUUGGACCAUUUUGGAUCUGUAGGGGAAGAUGGUAAUUUUUGGGGUAAUUUGGUAGUUUUGGGUAUGUUUGGAAUUUCCUAAAUCCAUGAAUUAUCUUUGAUACAAAUAAGUGGGCCCUAAUCACUUUGGGGACAGUUGUAGUGAAUAGGUGCCCGUAAUUGUCCCUGCCCCAACCCAUCUGAAAAGGUAAAUUUUCCCUUACCCUAAUCUGCUUUGUUAAAUACCUACAAAGUCCGAGUUAACCCCAUUUAGGCCCUGGAGGUGUCCGGGAAAGUCCCUAAUAUAAAUGGGGUUGCCCAAAAGAUCCGCAAUGCAUCCAAAGAAGCCUGCGCUCAGCUCCCGGACACUUAGGGUAUAUUUUGGACCUUUUUGGAGCACCAGGAACAAUAGGGGUGAGUCCAUUUAGGGGUAUUUUGGGACCUUGGGACCAUGAGGGCUCCUUUAGGACCUUUAAUGUUAAAAUAGAACCCAUCAUUUUUAAAUCAACUGUUGAAAAAAAUGGAUUUAGCACAUUACCACGCAUACUUGUACAGCAGUUGCUUGAGUUUAUUUGCUGAAAUGAUCAAAUCUUUAGUAAAAUUGUAAAAACAUCUCUUAUGACAGGUGCUCUAAUAAUGUUAUUUGUAAAGGAACAUGAGUAACUCUCCAUACUUUUGUGUAUCUUUCAGACGUAGCAUUGUUGUUUUACGUAAUGUCACAUCACAAGUUUGGUGUCUUUGUCGGUUAUUUUUAUGAAACUUCUGAGUUUCAACUAAGAAUGCAGAUUUACUUUUUUACAAAUGUACUGACGAACAUGGACUUGUUUCAUGAUGAUCAGAUUUUACAAAUGUUUCAAGUCAUACGAAAAAAGAUUGUUUUCCUCAGCUGUCCAGGAUGUGUGACCGACCGACGCUGUUGUCCAAGUGUGAGUCAAGUUCCAUGGAUUUUAUUUACCGGGAAUCUUAAUUGUUUGCUGAGUAAUAGAAUCGUUAUUCUAAUGCGCUUCUUUAACACGCGAAGUCCCAGAGAAGGGUCAAUUGACAUUUUUACCUAGAAAACACACAAGAGGGUCAUUUGACCCCUAGUCCCCCCUGUGGACACUCCUUUUGUUAUGAAAAUGUGGCUGUUAGUGGCACACGGCAGGGGGCCACUUGAGCCUGUGUGGGGGAGGGGACCUUACAGCUCAAGCUUUAGUUCUGAGGUAGGUUGUGUGUGUUUUUGCAAGGAUCAACAGAAUGAAGGGAUCAACACUCUGACAUUUAUUGUUAAAAAAAAUACAAAACAAAACAUAUUUACAAAGAAUGAAAAAGCAACUGUUUUCCCAGUUUUGGUGUGGAGGGUUGUUGCAGAAGCAAUUGUUAUUUUUGUGUGCCAAAAAUAGUUUAAAAAAAAAAAUUUACAAAGAAAAAAGCAUAUUUACAAAGAAUGAAAAACCAUGUCCAUGUAAACGUGACUGACAUACAUUUGAGCAGUCACUCACAAUCCUGGCACUGCCAUUGCUCCUUUCGGCAUUUCCCACAUGUAUAAUUUUUCUGUCUACCUAGACAAACUGCCCCUAACAGCCUCAUUACCAUAACAAAAUGAGUGAUUAGUGUAUUCGGGAAAAGCGUCGGGCCAAAUGACCCCUCUCUGGGUCUUCUAGGUAGACAGAAAAAUGCUGGGACUUCUAGUGUUAAUGUUGUCAUCUGAACGCGACCAUGGCAGUGAAAGAAGUGUACUGUGAAUGUAGCCUCAUGUGUGUGCACGUCAACACAAAGGAAUAAACGACAGAUAAACAAAGGUGUGAUCACCAUUGUAUAAAAAGAUGAUCGUGUUUUGCUUCAUUGGCCAUGAUUGCUUCUUGGAUUCAUGACACUAGCCUUUCCAUAGUUAAUGGAAAGAAGGGAAGUUCUGCAGCAUCAGCCUGGAUUUUAUAAAUUAAAUAAUGGAAAAGCUAUACAUUACGUAUGAAAGUGUGUCCAGACUAUACAGAGAGUAUCUAUGGGUGUCAAUAACUCGGUUUUAUUGAGGGCCACAUUUUCAAUAUCUGUUUCCUGUUGUCCUGUGUUUUGUUCCCCGUGUGCUCGUUUGUGUCAUUGGUUGCACCUGUAUCUUGCCCUGGUCAUAGUUUCCUCCAAUCCGCUGU